GAAUGUUCCACUUCAAAUAUCUUGUUUCAUUUUAUGGAAAAAAAUAAUUUCAAUAAGUGAGAAUUUUUGGAAUCCACGUCAUAAUUUCAAAACUAUAUGUCACAUCAUUUUAUAAUCUAAUUAACAUCUUAAAUAAAGUUUCAUAAAAUUCUCGAAAUCAUAAUGAAUGAAUGGGAGUGGGUAUGCAUGCAACCCUGAAUCAGAAUAGUACUACUUCCUAUGUCCACGGAAUAGGUAUAAGGGCCUGUUUUGUAGAUUCUCUCGAUUGUUUAGCCCAAGCUUAGCUGGGCCACAUUCAUUUGCCCAAUCCUGGCAAGCAAUGUAGGCUGCUUGUUUUGUAGAAGUUGAUAGAAUAUCCAGAUAGACAUGUCAUGCGUUUUGUAGGCUUCUAUUUGGGUAAUGACAACAAUCAAAUUUACCAUAUUGUCCCUAUUUUAUUUUGGCAAAUUACCAGCGUAUCCUCUCCCAUUACGCAGAUUAUUUCUAGCGGGAAACAAGUCUAGGGUUACUCAAAUUGGGAGGGAUUUUAGUGCUGAGGGGAUUUUCGUUUCUCUGAAGCUUUGGAGCGAAAACUGGAAGCGCUACUACAACGGAAGGGGAAUCAAUCAACAAGCGGAGAAUAUUCGGUACAAUCCUCCUUCAUGACCAUGAGUGAGACGCAGCAAGGCAGUAGCGAUGUUUCUCGUGGAAUGGCAUCUAAGCCGGAGAAGACUCGCCGAAGCUGGACGAGUAGGGAUGAGGAGAUGUUGUUGGCGUCACUGAAGGAACUAGUUGCUCAAGGAUGGAAGGCUGACAAUGGGUUUCGGGCGGGCUACCUUCUAAAGCUGGAGGAGGCGAUGCGCAAGGAAUUUAUCGGGACUGACAUCAAAGGAAUGCCACAUAUCAAUUCCAAAAUAAGCGCGUGGAAAAAGAGCUAUAACUCCUUGUUGGCUGCCCUUGAUGUUAGUGGUGUUGGGUUCAAUGCGAAGGGGACCUUCAUGCUAGAUUGCGACAAUGAUCAGUGGGAGCAGAUUUUAAAGAAGGAUCGGAAUGCAAGUAAGAUGCGCUUCAAAAGCUGGCCAAUGCUUGAGGGAUGGAAAGAAGUUUUUGGUAAAGAUCGUGCAAAUGGGACCGGAGCAGAGGAUAUUAUGGAGGCAAUGCAUACCAUGUAUCAAGCUGAUAAUCUGGCCAAGGGAGGUGAUCAUCUUGGGCAGCAAGGUGGAGAUGGCUUUAACCAUGAUGUCAACGAAGAGGAAACAGCCAGUGUUGAUGGCGAAGAUAGUGUUUGCUUUGAUGACAAGAAGUCUGCAUCGGCUAAAAAAAUUGGAAAAAAACGUAAGGCAUCUGCAGGCGACGAAAUGAAUGGGGUGUACGCGUGGCUCGGAGAGAUUAGUCGUGACACGAAGGAGCGGCUGGAAAACCUGUCAACCCGCAUUGGCUAUGAGUUCGAUCUCAGUCAGGCAAGGCAGCACAUGUACGAGCAGCUUGGUAAGAUCCCCGGACUGGAUAUGAAUGAGAAAUUUGAUGUUUGUGAAAUCUUGGCGGACAAGGUGCAGCGCCUUGAGAUCUUCCUCGGGCUGCCUGACGACGCAAAUAUUCAUUACGUUGCACGACUUCUCGCCACUUAUCGCAAUCAGCCCCAGUUCCCAUGAAGUAUCGAGGCCCUUUGUUAGUAUUUUGUGAGAUCUUGUUGCAUCCAAACUUCUCUAUAUAGGAUCCAAGGUCCUUUUUGGCUUGUUGCAUGUUGGUUAAACGUAUGUAAUUAUAUUGCAAGUGGUAGAUGGUAGUAAUCCAAUAUCUAUUAGACUAUAUGCUACGUAUUGGAUUAUGAAUGUGUGGUUUUGCCUA